AUGUCUUCUCGACCAUACUUUGAGACUGUCAAAUCAUUUGCAGACGUUCCCAUCACCAUUAAUGGUGUGGAAACCUUGGUUUUUCUGGAAGCCUCUGAAGGGCUUGUCCAAUUGUUCGAUCUGCUUGGCUCAGGCGUUUUCGGAUUCGUUCAGAGUGAUAUAAAGGGCAAUAUAGGGGAACGUCUUUUGAUUUGCCUUGGUGUACGAGCCCAGUACCAGACAGAUUCUUUGCAUUGCUCUACGCUUGAGAAUCUUCUCAUAAGCGAAAGAUCAUCACAGGACCGACCUGGCACCGGUUGUUUGAUACGCCUGACCCGUGGUCUGACAUUCCUAUGCAGAGCUCUUCAGCACAUGCAGAAUGAUCCUUCGAUGGAGCUACACGUGUGCUUCAAGCGUUCAUACGACGAAGUCUUAAGACACCAUCAUACGUUUUUUGUACGGUCUCUAGCCGCCGUUGCUGUUCGGGCUGCGCCGUAUCGCCGUGACUUCUAUACUCGUAUAUCGCAAGGUGCGCCCGUGGAAAAAUUAGACGAGGAGCUAGCAAGAUGGCUGUCUGGGCUUGAUGUAAUUGUGAAGCGCCUCAAGGAAUUCAUCGAGGGAGAAGGGUACGGAAGGAUAUGAUAUGAUGACAAGUUCUAUGGAGAAUCCUGCAUCUGAAUUGAUAUCGAAGCAAAAUGUCGCUUUAGCGCUCCCAGCUCUAGGUUCGAUGAUUAAGAAGGUCAG